CUUGGGAGCACCCCGAGAACAACGUGCCCGAGGGUCUCGACUCUCUCGCACAAGGUAGAUAGUUAGGUAGUAGUAGGUAAUAUUAAUAAUAGUCAGUAUUAGUAGUAGUGAUACAGGCGACACACGAAGGUAGUAGGUAGGGAGUGCCCGGACGAAUCAUGGAGCAAAAAGGACAGAGACUAAGGAAGAAGAAGAAGAAGAAGAAGAAGAAGAAGAAGAAGAAGAAGUAGAAGGAAGAAGAAAAGACUAAAGAAAGAGAGAAAGAGAGGGGUCUGUGUGUUAAAGGAAGAGUGGGGUACGAUCAGCGAAGUCUCACGCUUCACGAGCCGUUCUCAGUCUACGAGUAUACCGGUAGAAGCUAGGAGUUUCUUUCGUUGCUUUCAAACGAUACGGUAGAACGCGCGUGCGCGUACAAAUUCAUACACAUCCUCUCCAUUUCGUGUCUCUCUCUCUCUCUCUCUUUCUUUCUCUUUCUACGUGUUGUGCGUGUGUAUGUGUGUGCGCGUGUUUAUGUGAGAGUGCAAUAUCAAUUGAUUAAAAGUAUUAGAAACGUUGAAGCAGGGGUCCCCAAUGUGGCCCACCAAGUGGAAGUACGACGUGUGCCUGCUACCGGCCGCGCCUUUGGAUUCCUCAAAGUCCACCGUAGCAGCUCUCGAAUUCCUAUUGAAGUAUCGAUUGGAAGAUAAUCCAUCGGUAUGAAGUUAAGGAUAUUUAGAUGAAACUCUAAAUAUUGAUUUCUAUCGAUGAUACGUCUUCAAAAGUGGAAAGAAAGAUGUCUGUUGCUGGAUUGUCCUGUUACGGGGAUGGAUUCCGAUUGGUUGGGCCACCAUCGGAAUGUUCACUUCGAAGCAAAGCUAGAAUUGAUGCUCUCUUUGAGGAUUGCAGAUCCAUCUGCAGUUCGACUAUCGGUGGUUGGUACGCCGGUGUCUCAACGGUAACGUCGAUUCAUUGUGAAGAUCAAAGUUUCGAAGAGCAAAAGAGAGUAAAUAGUGCAGUCCAAGCAAGAAUCGAGGCGAUGUUUGCUUCCGUGGAAGCUGAAAGCGGAACACCAGGAGAAUGUGCGGCUGCAAUAUUGCCGGUGAAGUACAUGGGUGCUGCUCCAGUUGGUGGUCGAGUAGCAAGCAUUCGUGGUCUUCAAGAACCUCUUCGUCAGCUUUUAGAGAGAAUCGAUGGAUCAAUUCAAGCAGAAUUAGAAGUAUCUAGACGUGGACUGACCUUUCGAACAGGUGAGACCUGUGAGAAGAAUAAUCCUUUUCGUAGAAUAGCUGUUUGGAGUGCAUUGAGACUUCGAUGUAGGAAGAUUCAGUCGGGCGAGUCGCAUUAUGCUUUUCUGCCACUGGUUGGAGAUCCUGAUCAAGGCCAAGGAACCGAUGACAAACACGCUGAUCUCUACAGGACAAUGCGUGGUUUGAAAAGUGACGUUGAGGUUUAUCCACCUAUCUUUGCUGUGGUCAUGAGACGUGCAGGAGCAGCAAGAUUGUUAGAAUGUCAUGCAUUUGCUUGUCAAACGGAAGAAGAUGCAGUUGCUGCUGCGGCUACCUUGUAUAGAGCAUUAUUAGCUGAUCUUGAUGGGAAUCGAAGAAGACCUAGACAUACUAACGGUUUGGGCUGCGUUAGCUUGGCUUCGGUAGUUUCUAGCAUUCGAGAAGUCAGUCCAAGUAACAAGAGCAAUUUAUUGACACCACCACCACCUAAACCAAACGUUCCACCUCAUCCGGUAAGACCACCGAGGUCAAAAAAGAAUUCCAUUUCGAAUUCAGCUACCGAAGAUGAGAGUAAUAACAAAUCUGUUGGUGUCCAAAAAGCACCGAGAAGAAAAAAGAAAACGACAUCGGACGUACAAGCUGAAGAUAUACUCGAAGCUAGAGGUAGAAGAAGGGAACCCGUUAAACCGGACAAGCCAGUAAGCCUUAUACAAAAGAAUUUGGAACAAUUUGAAAAGAAAGAUGAUAUUAAAAAUUCUAAAAAUAUUCAACAAACGGAAAAAAUCGAGAUUGAUCGGCCAACUAGUCGUAUGGAUAAGAUCUACGAUGAUAAAACUAACAGUAGUAUUUACGGAGUCCAAUCUAACAUUUAUGAAAAAUUAUUAUCAUCCAGAAGAAGCAAUGAUUUCGAUACUAACUCGAGAUCUAUUUACUUGCCAGCGCGAAAAGACGAAGCUCUUCUUUCAAGCGAAAAGAAUUACGGAUCUUACGAUUUUUCUCGAAGACAUUUUAACAUUGAAAAUACAAAGGAAUCUUAUUCUAAAAAAUCAGAUUGUUUUCCUAUUUACGAUAGAAUCGAUAAACCAUCGAACACGAAGAAUCCGAUUUAUAUGGAAAGCACGAAGAAGAAUGAUCGACAAAAGAUCUAUGAGGAACACUUCAGAGAUGCGGAAAAGAUCUAUAGUCUUGGUCAAGAAGAUAUUUAUGUUCCUGGUAAUAAGAAGAUGGAUCGUGGACACGUUCACAGUUCUCAGGAGAAGCAAGGAGAAGUAUUCUUUUCGAGAAAUCGUAAAAAUGAUGUCUAUGAAGAUUAUAAAAAGAUUCCUCAGGAAAAACACUGUUCUAGAAACAAAGAAAAAUCCUCUGGUACAAAACUCUGUAGAGUUGUUACCAUGGAUAAACCCUUGAAGAAGAUAGGUUCUAAUGACUCAGAAACUGAACCGAAGAUAUCAGAGUACAGUCAGCCUCGAGUUAGAAGAAGAAGUAGAGCUGGUAGCGAGCCACCAGUUGGUAGAUCUGAAAGUACUAAGAAAAUCGUUCAAGAGACUAGACUGAAGAGAUCACAAAGUGAUUUAGACGUAGAGAGAGGAGAUUUAAUGACUAGAGUGGAAUUACCAAGAAGAGCGAGUUUUCUAAAACCUGGAAGUACCAGAAGAGUAAACAAUAUGAAAGGUGGAACUCCUUUGGGAUUUACUGAACUCUUCGAUGAAUUUAGAAAUCAGGAAGGUUUGACCAGCGUCGACGACAUUUUGGCAGCUAUUAUAGAUCCAGAAGGUAUGUCAUUUAACGAUCUCAAGCCACUAUACAAAGAAUUUUUAUUAAAACUCGCUGCUACCUUGACACAAGACGAACUCUAUCAAAGAUCUGCUAGUAUAAUGAGAAGACGACGUAGACCACAAAGAAGACGAUCGACUCGUCGACCUUGUCUAUUAGGACGUGCUAUCAAGAGAUCCGUCUCGAGAUUAAAAGGUGGACCAACCGAAUUUACAUCGGUUAUAUUUCCGGCUAGAAGAUUGAAUGAUAGUUUUGGAAGCAGUUCGUCUUGCGAUGCUAGGAAUAAUCAUCGAAAUCGUGUCUUGGCCAAUAGGCACGGAAAGAGACGAUCGUCCUGGAGAAUGAACAAGCAUGGACAGUGUCAUACAACUUCGGAGGACAGUGACACGUGUAAACGAGCUAGUCGCAAUGCUGGGGCAGCUGCAAACAGAAGCAGCAGUGGUUACGUAAGUUGCAGCGAAUGCAGCUACGAUUCCGAAUCCUGCACCUGUAUCUCAGCGGAUAAAUGUUAUUGUUCCCUGUCCAGAAGACAACUCGUAGAACCUAUCGUCCCAAAUACAGUUGUGUGUGCUUGCGACACGGACAGUUGCUCGGAAAGCAACAAAUGUUAUUGCGGAAGGACACCUGUACGAUCCAACAUCCUGGAACAAUUGAGACAAAAAGGUAUUGUGCCGUCGGAGAGUACCUUAAGUAGAGGUGGAAGCCCCGAUAGAAUAACAUCGUCAAAAACCUCUAGGAGUCAUACUUCUUCACAUAACUCUGAAUUAUUGAAGGUGAUUUAUAAAGAUCCUCUUGUCCAAAUGAAAAUCAUUUUAAUUUUCUACUUGCAACUGCUAAGUACUUCCUUUUUUCUUUAUUUUCAUCCUCAGAUUCAAUCCUCUCCGGUUUGUGGUAGUUCGGACAAUUUAGCAUUGGAUUAUGAUCUCUUCAGUCCAGGAAGAAAAUCCCAGCAAUCAUCCGAUAGCGAGAAGGUGUUGGUUGUAAGUGCUAGAGAUACUCAAGGUCGUUUGGUCUACGUUGGAGGGGCAGAACGAGAGAAGAAAUGUUUCUCUCAUGGUAACGUUAGAUCUGACGCUCAUCAUGAAGCACUCUCGAUAAAAAAAAGUGCUGAAAUUGCUGCUGUCUUUGGAUCAGAUUCUAAUAAGAUUUGUAGGAGAGCUAGUAACGCAUCUAGUAUCAAAAGUUCCAUCAGUUUGGAAGCUGGUUUAGGAUAUUUACCUUGAUGGUAAUGUUUCCUGAUCUGUCAAUGACAGUUUUAUAUCAAAACUUGAUCUCAAAGCUACAUAGCUAAUUCAAGUUUAGUAAAGUAACAUGAGCAUAUUUUAGUCGAUGAUAGUUUAUUUCUUGAUUUCUAAUAUAAAGAAAAAGAAGAAAAUAACGUAUCGCAUGUAAGUUCCAUAAGAAUGGUACCUGUUGCAAAUUUAAUUAAUGAAAAACAAGUAAUACCAUAUUAAAAUAUAUUCUCUUAUAAUCUAUAAGUCCUUGAUUCUUUCCAGAUAUUAAAUAAUAAUAUCUUCGAAAGAACGAGAUCGAUAUUAUUAAUGCUUUUGCUACUUUGAACCUGAAUGGCUUAAGUUAGUAAACUAAGGGAACAGUGCAAUAUCGUGGAUCAUGUAUACAUAUCCUUCGUGAAUACAUUUUUUAAAUAUA